AUGGAUUUUCAAUUUAAUUUACCAUUGGCUACGGGGGAUCUUUUGAAUUCCAGUGGUGAUAAUUAUUAUGUCAAGCAGCUAUAUAGUCCAUCGGAAAUUCCUGAUAAACUGAAAGCUUGCAAGCAGAUGUUAUAUCAAGGUGAUCCCUUCUAUAUCUUCGAUCAUUUCGAUACAUUUUAUGCGGUGAUUGAAAAUAAAAAUACCGAUUCUUCGGCCAUGACCAAUUUAAUGCGUAGCUUUGAUUUGCUCUACUUGACCAUUGAUAAGUUGGGAAAUCGUUUGGCACCCUUUUUGGCGUUGAGUGAACCACCCACAAAUCAAGAGCGGAAUUCACAUUUAAAUCUAACGAAAAUGUGCAUGUUUUUGAUUGUAAAUGUUGUAAGGAAAAUCGAUAGUAAUAUUUUACGUCUGCAACAGCAACAACAAACUAAUCAACAAAAGAAACGAGGAAAAAAUGCCGAUACUGUUGAACAGUAUCCUGAUUGGGAAACAAAGCGGGGGAAGUUUUUGGUACAGUUAUACAAUGUGUUGCAAUUUCCCUUGGAAAAACUAUGGAGUCCUCCUAUGGCUGAAGAGAAUUUUGUCAAUUUAAUAUGUGACAUUUGUUAUCGUACAUUGGAAAUGUUACAUGUUCGUCCCGACAAUCGUCACAUUGUUGAGACGAUAUUUCAAAUUUUCGGCACCGCCAUUAAACGUUAUCAACAUGCUAUGAAUUUUCCAGUACGUAUUCUCCAAAUUCUAAGGACCGUUGAACAUGCUGCUGUUUCCAUUGCCACUGGCAUAAAUAUUCUGCAUGAGGAAUACAACAUCACCAGUGUUUUCUCCGUCUUGAUUAAAGAAAUUGUCGAAUGUUUGACCCUAGAUUCGGCGGACUCAAAUGUUUCCAGAAACUUUUCAAAUUUUCUAAUGCAUUCAGCCUCAGUGGCUCCAAAGCUAAUGAUACCACAUCUGUCCACCUUGUGUGAUGAAUUACUCAACUGUGAAUCGUAUUUAUUGCGUAAUUGUAUUCUACAAAUAAUGGGUGAUGCCAUUGUGGGUGAAUUAACAUCCGAAGAACUCUCGGAUGAAUUAAAAGAGGCUCGCAAUGAAUUUUUGGAAAAUCUUCUAAUGCACAUCAAUGAUGUAUCGGCUCAUGUACGCUCGAAAGUUUUACAAAUUUGGCAUCACAUGAAAGAAGAACAGGCGGUGCCUUUGUCUUUUCAAUUAAAAGUCCUCUCUGAAGCUGUGGAACGUCUUGAAGAUCGUACCUCAUCGGUGCGAAAACAUGCCGUACAACUCAUAAAAGCAUUUUUGGAACGUAAUCCCUUCUCUGCCAAACUCACAUUGGAAGAGCUGCAAAAGAAACACGAUGAAGAGGUAGAAAAAAUGGAAAAACUCACUGAAACCCUUGCCGAGGAACGUAAAAAAGCCGAAGAAAUUGAAGAAAAAUGGACAUUAGUAAUACCGGAGAUUUUGCCAUUUGUUGAAGAAAGUCUCAAGGAGAAUAAUGAGCCUACGGAGACCCAGGAGAAUUAUGAAGAUCUUGUACAACGUAUCUCCACCAUGUUGUUGGAGAAAAACUAUAAAGAAGCUGUGGUUUUGGUGCGUAAAGCUGAUCAUGUAGCGGGGAAUUCGGAAUUGCGUUUGUCUUUGCGUCAUGAGGAACAGUGUGCCUACUAUAUGGCCCUGUUGAAGUCGUAUAUUUUCUUGGCAAAUGGUUGCAAGGAUAGUAACGAAGAGCUGGGUACCCAAAUUAAAACCGUGCAAUUUUUACAAGAUUCCAUUGAAUUUUCGCGGGCGGUAUCACGAGCAAUGCCAAAGCUAUUGGAAAUGUUGCUGUCGAAAACAAAUACUGAUGUCUAUGAAGCUGUCGAUCUUUUUACCACUGGCUAUAUGUUUGGUAUUAAGGGUACCGAAGUGGGUAUGCGUCAAAUGUUAUAUUUGGUGUGGUCAUCGGAUAAAGAGAAGCGAGAUGCUGUCUCAGAUGCAUAUAAAAAGGUGCUGUUUACCACCGAUCAAACUGGAAGAGCCCAUGCCUUACGUGUGGUACAAAAUCUGUCCACUUUUCUGGAAGGAAUUGAAUAUGGCCAUUACACAGCCCUGGAGUGUUUGGUACGUGAAUGGGUCAACAAUGAGGAUAUCGAUGCCAAUGUUAUACAAGUUCUAUUUGAACGUUUCACAUUGAAACUGGAAGGCACAACGGAUAAUGAAUCUCGUCUGGCCCUACAGCUGCUCAUAAUGUGUUCGUAUGCCAAAUCCUCAAUUGCGUCGGCAAAUAUUAAUAUUAUUGAAGGCAUUGGUUUGGGUCAAAGAGGUAAACAAGAUCCACGUAUCUAUGCUAGCUGUUUGGAAUUCUGGUUAAAUUCCAUUGAUCAAUCGUUAACCUCCAAAUAUUACAAAAGAUAUGAACCCGAAUCACCGGUCGUGCAAAAAAUUAUCGAUAUGUUUAUGAAAUUCUUUUUCCAUCCACGUAUACCGGAUUUUGAUAAGUUGACCAUGAACACGUUGCAAUUCUUUUAUCAAAUGUGUCAAACGCCCGAUGUUAUAUGUCAAAAUAUUGUCAAGGAAUUGUUGAAGAAAUUUAAAGCAUUCGCUAUGAAGUUGUGUGAAAUCACUGCUUCGCAGCAGGCACAAGCUCAGGAGACACCCUUUUCACAACAAAUUCCCGGGACACAAUGUACCCAGUUGACACAGAAUGCACAGUUGGCUGGUGGUACUGCUUUGGUUCAGAUGAAAAUGCCGGUCUUUUUGUUGACACGCUUCAUCUUUAUGAUUGGUUAUAUGACCUUGAAGGAAAUGAUCUUUUUGGAUAUUGAUGUCUAUAAUAAUAUGAAAUUUAGGCAGGAGUUGAAGGAAUGUGAGGAGAAGAAAAAGAAAACGGUUGUCAAUACAAAUCGUCGAAAGACGGCAAAUCUGAAUAUGUCCGCAACGGAAUCGUUGAAGAGAUUGUCGGUGGCUGCAGCGGAACCGCAACAAGAGCCCGAUGAAGAUCUCGUGGGUGCCACAGCCGAGGACAACAUUGCCGAACUUAUCAAUCACAUUUGCGAAGAAGUCUUAUUGUAUGGGCAAAAUUCUUUGCUGGUCAAAAUUUUCCCAUAUGUCAUGGAGAUUUGUAAAUACCCCGUGAAAUAUCGUGAUGCAUCAUUACAACAGGCUGCCACUUUGGCUUUGAUACGUUUCAUGAGUGUAUCGUCGCGUUUCUGCGAAGCCAAUAUGCCAUUCCUUAUGAACAUUUUGAGCCAUUCAAAGAACAUUAAAAUUAAAUGUAACAUUGUCAUUGGCCUUUCCGAUCUGACAUUUCGUUUCCCCAACAUUAUUGAACCCUGGACGGGGCAUUUCUAUUCCACCCUACAUGAAGAUAACACCGAGUUACGGCUGACAGCCGUGAAAAUGUUAUCCCACUUAAUUCUGCACGAAAUGAUUCGUGUUAAGGGGCAAAUUGCCGAUUUGGCCAUGUGUAUUGUUGAUCCGAAUGAUGAAAUUAAAAAUAUCACACAGCAGUUCUUUAAAGAAAUUGCCAAUAAAUCGAAUAUCCUUUAUAAUGUCCUACCAGAUAUCAUAUCCAAAUUAAGUGAUACCUCACAGAAUCUCGAGGAGGAGAAAUAUCGCAUCAUUAUGCGUUACAUUCUCAAUCUCAUACAAAAAGAUCGCCAAGUGGAGACAUUAGUGGAAAAACUUUGCCUCCGUUUCCCCGUGACACGUGAAGAACGGCAAUGGCGUGACAUUGCCUACUGCCUUAGUCUGCUAUCGUAUAAUGAGAAAACAAUAAAGAAACUCAUUGACAACAUGCAAUACUACAAGGAUAAGGUACAAAUCGAUGAGGUCCAUCAAUCGUUUAAGUUGAUCAUAUCGAAUACCUCCAAGCUGGCCAAGCCAGAAUUGAAGGCGAUUGUCACGGAAUUGGAAACACGCAUCAAUGAAUGUCUGCGCGUCAAAGAGCCCGGCGAAGAAGGAGCAGAGAGCCAAGAAAACGAUAAAGAAAAUGCUCCAGCAGAUGGUGGUGCGGCGAAUAAAACCAAAACAUCAUCGAAAAAUAAAUCAAAGGCAGCCGCCGCAUCCCAAAAAUCACGUCGUAAUCGACAAAGAAAAUCAUCAACAUCCGAGGAGUCGUCUUCAUCCGAAGAUGAAGCACCCAAACGAACACAAGGCCGCGCAGCAGCAGCUGCUGCUGGUCGCCGUAAACAACAACAGCAAACACAAAGUGAUUCCAGUGAUUCAGAUUCUCCACGAGCACCACCUGCCAGCACUUCCAAGAAAGCUGGCAAUGCUUCACUUUCGUCAACGUCAACUCGUACAAGUCGCGCAUCAGCGUCUGCUUCGCGUAGCAAAGUUAUUCAAGAAACUGGCAGUUCAGAAGAUGAUGUACCCCAACGUAAACGUGGUCGCAGAAAUAGAUAA